AUGGUACACAGCCUGCGCAUUCUUCUGUCAAAGGCCGAUGCAAAGUGUAUCAAAGAGUUUGCGUUUGCCGGUAUGGUUUUGACACCAGCAUUAGUGCAAAUAUGUGUGGACCAUUUACGUGUCUCGCAGAUUGAGGUUCUAUAUGGUAUGACGGAGAGCGAGUUUAUCACAACGGGACCGGUCAGUGAUUCGACAACCUUACAGGAAAAUCAUGAUGUUACUGUUGGCAAGCCAAUACCCGGGUGCAUAGCUCGGUUAUACUCUGCAGAUGGACAAACUAUCCUACCUCGCGGGGUCCCUGGCCAGCUGCAUGUUACGGGAGAUCGCUUGGCAUCGGACUACUUCACUGGACAUAGUGAGCAGUUCUAUGAGGUCGAUGGACGAGGCUGGUUCAAUACUGGGGACCAAGCGGUUAUAGACCACGGCGAUCAAAUAUUUGUCGUUGACCGUGAUAAAGAUAUCAUUGUGCGCGGUGGUGAAAACAAAUCGCCAGCUAGGAUUGAAUAUGUGCUUUCCAUGCUACAGGAAUUGGCAGACGUGGACACGCAAAUAGUCGGCCUAGCAAAUGAUACUGCUGGUGAGGCCCCUGUCGCCGUUGUUGAAAAGGAAAUCAUCCUAGAAGAGGCACAAUUGUUCCAAAGCACUGUGCGUACCGUACUAGGAAACAUGUACGUACCGGGCGACGUGAUUUCUCUGCCAUCACUUCACGUGAAUGACUACCGAAGAACAAGCUCUGGCAAGAUAAUAAAAGGAAAACUGGCAGAACUGGCGACAAAAGGAUCUUCAAGUCAGCCACAGGAGCAGAGGGCCCUGACAGGAGAGCAAAUCACUGCCGCAUGGGCCUCGGUGCUUCGGGUGAAUUAG